AUGACUGGCCAUGAUUUAACACUCUCACAUCAACUUGGCUCUGGAGGUUCCUCCAAAAGUACUCAGCUCCGUCCUCUGAAGGAAAGACACCGUCUAGAUACGCUCAAAUCACACGAAGCGAGCUCCGAUCCCCCAUUAGAAGCUUCUAACCAUGACUUUGUCGAAGAAAAGUAUCACCCGGACACUCACAAUGCAGCCGACCUUGAGAACCUUGGUCUGGAGGAAGCUAUCCGACUUGCUACCAACAGGACUGAAAGAUCGUCUCAAAUCUUGAAUCCAAGCGUUUUAGGCCCGCCAAAGGAUAAAGGCUACGCAUGGGUGGUCUGCGCUACCACUUUGCUGCUUUUUAUGGCCACUUGGGGUGCUAACAGCUGCUACGGAGUGUUUUUGGAUUACUGGCUACAGAACGGGACGUAUCCCGGCGCCAGUUCCACCGAUUACGCUUUAGUCGGCAGCAUUGCUCUUGGCCUGGCCAUGAUGCUUGCGCCACUAGCUCAGAUGACGGCUGCAGUCAUUGGAAUGCGACCAACUUUAGUUCUUGGUCUUGGUUUCCAAACAUCAGGCUACAUAUUGGCGUCGUUCUCCACCCAGUUGUGGCAGCUGUACCUCACUCAGGGCGUCAUGGUUGGGUUUGGGUUUGCGUUCAUUUUCAACCCUUCAAUAGUCAUUCUUCCAGACUGGUUCGACAAAAAGAGGGCAAUUUCAUUUGGUAUCAUUGCGUCCUCCAGCGGUAUCGGUGGUGUCAUAUUCUCACUCAUGACGCAAAAGAUUAUAAGCAGAACAGGCGGCGCUCCCUGGGCGCUGCGCACGAUUGGAAUAGUUACGACAUUCAUGAACGUUGUUGGAAUUGCGCUUAUUAAAGAGAGAGUUCCAACAAAAAGACUGAAGACCACACGCGAGAUAAAGGUGAGACUCAAUAUUCUAUUCAAUAGAGAGGUGCUGAAAAUUCCACAACUAUACAUUAUAUCCAUCUCUUUCAGCUUGGUUGUCUCGUGCUACAUUAUCGCCAUGUUCUCGUUGUCCUCAUACGCCACAACCAUGGGGAUGUCUGCUGCUCAGGGCAGUCAGGUGACCGCAGCAUACAACGGGUGCCAGACAAUCGGAAGAGUUCUAUUUGGGUACGCAGGUGACAGAGCUGGCCGCGUGAAUUUGUCUGUGUUUCUUGCUUUUAUCAUGCUGGUUUUGGUUCUAGCAAUGUGGAUCAAUUCCACAACCGCAGCAUCUAUUUUUGCCUAUGCAGUGCUUUCUGGCUUAACUUUCGGCUCCUCAGAAUCUCUGAACCAGCCAAUUUUGGCCGACAGCAUCCCUACGGACCUCUUCCCCGCGGGAUGGAGUUUCCAGAGCGUCAUACAGGGCUGCUUUGCUCUUUUCUGCGAGGUAGCUGCUCUGAAGCUGAGAGACGUCAACAUCUCUAAGCCGUUCAUCAAGGCACAAGUUUUUAGUGGGUGUUUUGCUGCUGGCGGCCUGUUACUGAUCAUGCUGUUCCGCGAGUGGAGAAUUCGACGCGAGUUAGCUAGAAAAUUGGAGGAAACUCAAAAGGAAAUGGUGGCAAGAGGCCACACAGGUCAGGCCGCAGACCUGGAGCAAGAAUACCAGACACUGCUUGGACAAUCACCAAAAUUCUACAUUCUGAGAAUGUUGUAUCCUAUGAAGGUGUGA